CUGAGAGAGGCAAUUUUUGGAAGAGAUCGACAUCUAGCUAUACAAUCUAUACGAUACAUCGUCUAUGACUGAGACCUGAGCUUCUUUAUAUUGUAUUUAUCCGUGCAUUCAGGAAAAUAAAAAUCGUCGAAAACUAUACCUCUCUCUCUGGCACCUCAUACACGGGGAAAGAAGCUGGGCAACGGGAAAUUGCUCGCGGGGAGGACGUGACCAAUUCAGAACGCAGGUCCUCGAGUUUCAACGAGUCUCACCGGUCGCGCAGCGCGUGCCGCAAAAACGAUUCAUCGUUGUGUUCGAUAUACUAGGUGAAAGGUGGGAGGAAGCGGAAGACUAGAGAAAGUAGGAGGUGCGCGUGGUUUAGCCCUCUUUAAUAGGGUGGGCGUCCGAAGUGUUCCCGCGUACGCCCCUGUCGAACGACGCCCCAGCCAGCUGCAGCCAGCUCCGGCACGGUUGGCUCGGUGACGGCGGCGGUCAGUCGGCAAGCACGGCCGACCAAUCAGCGGGCCCGUGCCAUCUGGCGAGCGUACGGCGAUGUUGCUACCCUGCGCACCGCCCAUUGGCCCCAUGUCCGUGAAAGCGUGCGUACGCGCUAUACUGAUCUCCUUACGGCACUAUUCGUUGGUAUUUGUAGUUUCCGCCGUUUCCGAGAAACGCGGAUAGGACGGCACAACGGAUUCGUGCGGCGUGGGUAAAGAGUUUGCGCGCGUGCACGUGUCGGGAGAGCACUUUCGGCGAGUCGAGCGAAUCGUGUGCACCUACCACAUCAUCACUCCUCCCUCGAACCUGUUCCGCUCGGUGAACGUCACGAGUCAACACGGGUGGCGAAGGUGUCGGUGGCGCGAUUGCUACUGCGUGCCCGUGGAGCGAAUAGCGCAGUGAUGUUUACUCGGCGAUAACUUUCGAAGCGCCAAUAACGCACUAUUGAGUAUCGACCACGACGCGAAGCAACGCGGCGUUAGUAAUAGUUUUCACGACAGUGCGCGAGCGCUUACCACGGCUAGUGACGCGCGUGACGCGUCGUCGUCGGUAUCUCCGUAUUGGCAUGUGCGCGUGUGUGACGCGGCGUGCAAGGAAUAUUUACAUCAGACGAAGGCAAGCGAAAUAAUAGCCUCCCUGGGGGGAAUGAUACUUCAAUCACACGCGUGAUUAUGGACCGACAGUUAUUUUUAUCGCAACUCUGUCCUUGACGACCGGCGUCCUGUUGGUCACUUCGGAACUUUUUUAUCUCUCGUCCUAGUUUGAGAGGGACGCAUGUUUUCAUAUGUACUCCGAUUGUUAACCAAACCAGUCGGGACAGUGGCGACAGCACGGUGGCGUUGGUGUUGGCGUUGGCGUAGCGUUCCCAGUGAAUGCCUCUGGAACAAUUCCCUUCUCUUAGCUAUAAAAGGAUUAUCGGGAUAAUUAUGUUCAUUGCACUAUGGAUUCCUAGCACAACAGUAUUCGACAUGAAAUGGCAUUAGAUUCAUUGUCAUAAGUUGUGUAUAGUGCAAAACGCAAUUAUUCAUCAUGAAACGAAGUAUAGAUGGAAGAAACAUCUCGCAAGAGGAAAUUGAAGAGGAUCCUUUGCAAACACAACAGCAACAGCAGCAACAACAAGAAGAAGUUGAUCAGCAACAAUUAGAGCAACAACAGCAGCAAACUGCCCAACCACAAAUUCGUUUUUUAAGCGCAAACGUGUUGCAGCAGUUGCAACAGCAGCAAGAUGUUCAGCAACAAGCUCAGCAGCAGCAACAACAGCAGCCUCAAGUUAUCACUUUGCAGCAGCUACAAAGCUUUGUGCCUUUACAAGCCCAACAACCGCAACAUGAUCAGCAGAGAGCACAAGCAAUCUCUGUUCAAUCGCUACCUCAUCAAUUCUUACAGGGUGCUCAGAUUAUCAGUACUCAAGCGCAAGCGGCUCUCCAGCAGCAACAGCAACAGAAUCAGCAGCAGACGCAACAACAGCAGACCCAACAACAGCAGCCGCAAGCACAGCAGCAACUGAGCUACAGUGUAGUACCACAAAUGCAGGCCGUUAAUAUAGAUGGUCAAGAGGCCUUGUUUAUACCAUCCUCCGCGAUGUCUGCAGGUGGCCAUCAUCAAACGCAGCCAACAAUGCAAUUUGCUACCACGAGUGGUCAGCAAAUGCAACUUGCCGGUCAACAAGUACAAUUAGCGAAUGGCCAGACCAUUAUCACGCCACAACCAGUUAGUCUUAUAAGAGCACCGAGUGUCUUCCCCACUUCGCUUUUACAAAAUAUCACGGGACAAACGGUUCAAUUGCCAACAGGUCAAAGUGUACAAGUGAGACCACUUCAGUUUCCUAUGCAGCAUAUUCAGCAAACAGUUCCGGUCCAAGUACCUGUUACUGCUAGUAACGGACAAACUGUUUAUCAAACCAUACACUUUCCUGUUCAAUCCUUGUCCAAUGUUUUCAAUAUGCCUACAACCCAGAUGAUACCACAAAUUACGCAACAAAUACCUCAAGUGGCACAGAUCAUCACGCCAAAUGGCCAAAUCCAGCAAGUGCAAAUUGCCAAUCUACCGCAACUUCAAGGUCUUCAGAGUCAACAAGUGACGCAAGUGGCUCAGCAAGUCGCUCAUCAGCAAGCACAGCAGCAAGUUGUCCAGCAACAGACUCAACAACAGGUAAUACAGUCUGUUCAGCAGCAGCAGCAAGCCCAAGUUCAAGUACAACAACAGCAACAGCAAGUGCAACAAGUGGUGCAACAAGUAAUACAGCAGCAACAACAGCAGCAGCAGCAGCAAGCGCCACAAUCACAGCAACAACAGCAGCAGGCAUCACAACAGCAGCAACAACAACUGCAACAAUCUUCCGCUCCAUCGACAACUGUAGCGACGUGGAGCACAACAGUUGCAACUCCUAGCAACGUUCAGGUGCUCGGUAUAAGUUCGUUAGGAAGAGGAAUAACGGGUAAUACUAACGUUAUUACUACGAAAGAUGGUCAGAAAAUCGACGUGCAAACGUUAUCGAAUUUAGCGAGGCCACCAGAAACGGUGGAAGGUGACAUCAAAGUGACUAGUAUCGAUGCCAGUCAACUGACUGGUGGGCAAGUAAUACAUAUCCCUGCCGCUCAGGCGGCUCAAGCUGCAGUACAGCCCAUUACGAUUACAGGAGCUCAGGGACAACAGUUAACGCUCAUUCCUGCAUCCGCAUUGGCGAAUUUGGCCGCGCAGCAAGGUAAUAUGAUAAGGAACGUGAAUAAUGGGAGUAUAAUGCAAAUUCAGCCAACGACUGGGAUGAACACGAACAACGGUUUCCUGCAAUCGAUACCCGUGCAAAACAUCCCAGGCUUAGGCAACGUGCAAGUGAUUCCGGCGAGCGCUUUGCAACCGACUACAGUCCAGACGUUACCAGCUACCGCUGCUACGCCUAUCGUUGCGACGCCGACUGUGCAACUUGAUUCAAGCGACCCUACGAAAGGAUGGCAGAUUCUUCAAACUCUUCAGUCGAACGGGACUUUGACAUCUGCUUCGCCCAUGACCCACCAGCAUCAAGUAUCAAACACAUCCAAUACCAAUACCGAGACCGAUACUAACAAGCAGCACCGUAGAAGAGUCGCUUGCACGUGUCCGAAUUGUGGUGAUGGAGACAGAAACAGAGACAUGAGCAGGAAAAGGCAACAUAUAUGCCACAUUGCUGGAUGCAACAAGGUGUAUGGAAAAACGAGUCACUUACGUGCCCAUUUACGCUGGCACACUGGCGAACGACCGUUCGUCUGCAGUUGGAUAUUUUGUGGCAAGAAGUUCACUAGGUCCGACGAGCUUCAGAGGCAUCGUAGGACCCACACUGGUGAGAAACGUUUCCAAUGUCCGGAAUGCACUAAGAAGUUCAUGCGAUCGGAUCACCUGACGAAACACAUCAAAACGCACACGAAGAUUCGUAGCACGGAGGCUGCUACAUCGACUCAGGAAGGGUCGUCCGACAGCCAAUCUUCCACCGAGCAGAAAAUCAUUAUUGCGCUACAUAAGGAGACAGAUCCAUCCGACAUUGUAAUAGCGGAACCGAUGGAUAACAUGAAAACUGAAUCAACGACACACGUAACAAAUGAAUAAAAAUUCUUUUAUAUAAGUAACGAGCGUGUAUAACAGCAACUCGAAUCAUCAUCUCGAAUCGUAUUCUCAGUAUCAUUUUUGAAAAAGGAGAGGAUUGAUCGUACGUUCGAAUUACGUUUAAGCUCGAGUUACGAGUUUACCUUCAGUAAAGUAUAGCGUCUAAAAAUUUUAGAAAAUUGAAUUAAUAUCGUUAUAUGUGCACAUAUAAACAGAUACAAGCAUAAGUACAUCAUUAUAUAGAUCACUAAAAUUAAUAUUGUACUGACUGGUGAAUCUGACGAUUUAAGCACUAUCUAGAACUACUAUUUUACGUAAGAAUUAGUCAGAUAAUGAAUUUAGAUAUAAAUCGUAUAUAGAUAUAAAAUCGUAACGUACAAUAUAUUUUUUUAUUGCGACUGUAUGUAUAUAAUAUGUAUAUAAAAUAUGUAAAUUAGUGUAUAAAAUUUUGCAAAAGCAAUUUUACAUUUAUAAAUCUUUUUUGAUAUAAUCGAAAAUCGAAAUAUCUGGUUCUUCCUUUAAUUUAUUAAAUUUUAAACUAAACCGUUUAAUUUUAAUUAUAAAUUAUAUAUUCGUUUUAAUCAUAUAUCUCAUAUAUGAUUAAAAAUUGUAUCUUGAAGAAUUUUUGCCUGAAUUUAUAUGCUUGUAUGCGUAGGUUAUAAGAAGCAGUACAACCACUUAGUGAAUUUGUUUGCUUUUUAUCUGCAUUAUCAGUAAAACGGCAUAUAGAUAAAUAUAUAUAGAUAUAUAAAGAUUUAUUGAGAGAUUG